AUGAAAGAGACAGGCAGUGGAAACCUCACCACCAUCUCCCACAUCCUCCUCCUGAGAUUUGGGAUCCUCAAGAAAAAGUGGCUCCCGCUCUUUACUGGCUUCCUAGCUGUCUAUAUCAUAUCCAUGGCCGCCAACCUCCUCCUGGUGGUGCUGGACCCCCAUCUCCAGACCCCUAUGUAUUUCUUCCUCUCCAGCCUCUCCUGCCUGGAGAUUGUCUCCACCUCCAACAUCUCCCCUGUGAUGCUCGCUGAUCUCCAGACAGGCAAUGUGAUGAUAUCUCUUGGCGGCUGCCUUGCGCAGCUGUAUCUCUUUGGCGCCCUGGCCACCGUGGAGUGCUUCCUGCUGGCAGCCAUGUCUUAUGACCAGUAUUUGACUGUGUGCUGCCCACUCCACUACCCUUCCCUCAUGGAUGGCAGGGUCUGCAGGCAGCUGGUGGUUGGGUCCUGGGUGGGCAGGUUCCUGUUCAUGGGUAUUGUGUCACUGUCACUUAUAGCCUUGAGCUUCUGCGGGCCCUGCGAGAUAGAUGACUAUUUCUGUGAUUUCCAGCCCCUCCUGGAGCUCUCCUGCACCUUCACCUCCAAGGUCCAGAUGGUCACUGUCAGGUUUCCCUUCCCACUCUGA